AUGAUCCGGAGGCUGUCUUCUUCGGACUUGAAGCUGCUGCCGCUCGGGGAACGAGGCGAUCCCCGGGGAUCGUUCGAUCCCGUGCUGGUCAAUCUGCUGUCAAUGGGGCUGCAUGCAGAAGCAGCAGAAGCAUCUGCAGCAAAGCCCUUUGCCCUAGACUCUCCCCGAGGGGGGGCCAGCGCAUGCGGCGACCUCUUGUACGAGAGGCAGCAGCAGCAGCAGCAGCUGCAGCAGCAGCAGCUGCUGCUGCAGCAGCAGCAGCAGUCGGCAGGCGUGUUCCUGCUGCUGCAGCAGCAGCAGGAACAGCAGACACUCAGGAGACGCUCCAGCUGCUCCCACACACUUCAUCAGUGGCAGCACCAGCUGCAUCUGCAGCAGCAGCAGCAGCAGCAACAGCUUUCCCUGCUGCAGACAGGGGACCCGCAGCACAAUGUGUGUCUUCGCCGCCGACACAGCAGCAGAGGCGCUGUGGGCUUUGGGGACUGCGGGCUACAGCAGCAAAGGGAGGACUUGUUGAGUUGUUCUCCGUAUCAUGCUGACACGUGCGCAGCAGCAGCAGCAGCAGCAGCAGCAGCCGCAGCAAACGCCACAGACGCAGCAGCAGCUGCUGCUACUUCUUGCAGUGUGUUGACAAUGGAGGACCCUUUUUUCAGUGUAGCAGUAAGUACAGUGUCUCGAAGCCUCCUGUACUUUCUUUACAGCAGCAAGAGUCUGGGGUUGCUGCUGCUGAUGCUGCUGCUGAUGUUGCUGGCGCUGCUGAUGCUGCUGCUGCUGCAGCUGCCGCCGAUGAUCCUGAGCGGAGACAGAGGAGCAGCAGCAGCAGCGCAGGCAAUGGCCUCGCUGCGGCCCGAGGAGACAGAAGGAGAUGCUGCUGCUGCUGCUGCUUUUUGUUUUAAAUCUCCUUCUUCAGAUUGUUCCUUGACUUUGACAAAUAACAGCACAAACUCUGUUGCUUCGGAGGCCCCCGCUGCGCUGAGUCCCCAGGUCACUUCCAGCUUGUGUGACUUUCCGCUGCAGCUGCAGCAGCAGCUGCAGCAGCAGCAGCUGCUGCUGCAGCAGCAGUUGCUGCUGCAGCAGCAGCAGCUCCAGCAGCUGCAGCCACCCACUUCUGGCAGACAACAGCUACUUCUGCCACUGCAAGAAGACACAACAAUCCCGACACAGCAACAACUCGACAGACAGCAGCAAACAGUCAGUCUGCUGCCCGAUGCAAUGAUAGACCCAGGGCUGCUGCUGCUGCAGCAGCAACAAAUACUGCAACAGCAGCAGCAACUGCUGUCUGCCGCCAGCAUGGAAGUUGAGCAGGACCACUUAUGCGCCGCUGGCUCGCUGCAACAAGAGCAGCAACAAGGGAAGCUGCAGCAGCAGGAGCAUCCAGAAUGGCUGCUCGGAAACCCUCUGCAGCAGCAGCAACACCAACUGCAGCAAGUAGUAUUGCAGCAGCAGCAGCAACUGCAGCAGGUGCUGCUUCACCAGCAACAGCUGCAGCAGCAACUGGAGCAGCAAGCGCUCCAGCUGCAGCAGCACUCACUUCACGGCCAGCACGUCUCGGGCGUGCACGCUGCGGUGCAGCAGCAGGAGCAGCAGGAGCUGCAGCAGGAGCUGCAGCAGCAGGCUUUUGUGCAGCAGCAGCCCGGAGAGGGGCAGCAAGUGCACGAGUCGAAGCUGGGCGGGGGUGAGCUUCCAGAGCUUCCAGAGGCCUCCUGCGCCUUGGCGCAGCAGCAGCAGCAGCAACAACAACCGCAGCAUCAGGAGCAGCAGCAGCAGCAGCAGCCCCAGCUGUGGCUCUCUUCAGCGCAGCCUGAAGUGAGCCCCCUCACCGACGCGCUGCAGCUGCAGCUGCAGGAACAGCAGCAGCUGCAGAAGCAGCAGCUGGAUGGCGACAUGCAGCUGGAUAAAUGUCAAGGGGACAUGCAACUGGAGAAUUGCCACGCUGUGCAACAGCAGCAGCAGCAGCAGCAGCAGCAAGCGCAUCCACAGCUGCAGCAGCCGCCGCAUUCGCAGCCAGUGCGUGAAGUUUCUUCUUCUUUUUCAGAAAUGCUCGAGCCUGCAGUGCAGCAGCAAAGACUGAAGCAGCAGCAGAAGCAGAAGCAGCAGAAGCACAGGCAUGCGCGGCAUGCGCCGCAGCAGCAACACCGCCAUCAUCUUCAGCAGCGGCAGCAGCAGCAGCAACAGCGGAAGCAGCGGCGUAGCUCCGUCGCUCACGGCAAGCCCUCAAGAAAGCUUGGUGAAGCAGCAGCAGCAGCAGCUGCUGCUGCCGCUGGCAGAAACAUCGUGGGGCCCCUCAGGCGGUCACUCAGGUCCAAAAGACUUUCUGCAAAAGGUGUGUACUGCAGCGGGAGCAGCAGCAACAGCAGCAGCAACAGCAGCAGCAGCACGCAGGAAAGAGGUGCUGUAGUGUUUCUUCACCGUGAUUUAGUGGUUAGAUACGUGGAUCAAGACGCGCCGUGCACUGUUGCUCCUGAUGCUGCUACUACCACUACUGCUGCUGCUGCUGCUAUUGCUGCUGAUGUUCCUGCUGCUGCUGCUGCCGCUGCUGUGCCUGCCUGUUACUGCGCGCUUGCCAUUGCUGCUACUGCUGUUACUGCUGCUACUGCCGCUACUGCUGGUACUGCUGCUGCUGCUGCUGCCGCUGCUGUGGCUGCCUGUUACUGCGCGCUUGCCACUGCUGCUACUGCUGUUACUGCUGCUACUGCCGCUACUGCUGGUACUGCUGCUGCUACCGCUGCUACUGCUGCUACUGCUGCUGCUGCUGCUACUGCUGCUAUUGAUGCUACUGCUAGUAGCACUGCUGUUGCUGCUGCUGCUACUACUACUGCUACUACUGCUACUACUGCUGCUACUGCUACUAGUGCUACUGCUGCUGCGGCUGCUGCUGCUGCUGCGGCUACUGCUACUACUGCUGCUACUGCUGCUACUGCUGCUACUGCUGCUACUGCUGCUACUGCUGCUACUGCUGCUACUGCUAGUACUUGUACUACUACUGCUACUGCUGCUACUGCUGCUACUGCUGCUACUGCUGCUGCUUGCUGCUGGGUGCUGCUGCUGCUGCCGUGCUGGUGCACAGAAGAUAGUCUGAACUCCUGUGAAGAAGAAGAGGAGUGGCUGCCCCACAAGACUCUUGUUGCAGAUCCUGUUGCAGCUGCGGCGGCUUCAGGCGUUCCUGGCUUGUGCUCUGCUGCUAGCGUUGAAGGCAGCAAAGACGCAGCACCAGCUGCGGCAGCAGCAGCAGCUGGAGCAAGGACAGAAGCAGCAGCAGCUGCAGCAGACACAGACGACAGGCUUUUGCUGCAGCUCAAGAGCCUCGUGUGUCCUUCAACUGACCCCAAGACGGCCUCUCCGGUGUCUUCGGUCACACGGGAAGAGUCUUCGCGGGUAGAGCAGCAGCAGCAGCAGCAGCAGCAACAGCAGCAGGAGCCACUCCGACAGCUAAAGCAGGAGCAGCGACAGCAGCAGCAGCAGCAACCGGACGCGUCCGGUGCUGCGCCCGCGUCUAGCGGCGGCCGUAGCAGCUGCGCCGCACCUGGACGGCAGCUGCCGGAGCUGCGGCGCGGCAGCAAAUGCAUCCGGGGGGCCCCCCGGGCCACAGUGCAGCAGCUGUACGGCCAGACUUAUGACUUGGAGGCCCUCGCGCUGCAGCUGGACGAAACCCACAUUGAUGACAUUGACCCUGGGGACUUCGACAGAAGUUAUUCUCAAGGAAAAAGAUUUGCUGUUGGCGACUUGGGAAGGAAGCUGCUGCUCGUCGUCGUCAGGGAGAAACUCGAGGCGGGGGCAUGCGGGCAGCUGAAGUUCUUGACCUUGACAGACCUUUUUCGUUUAGCUUAUGAAUUGGGUCUUUGGGAGUUUGCGUUGAAGGUGGCGAUGGCCUACAGAGUGGGUUGUUUGCGGAUCCCCAAGACUGCGCCUGCGCCGCCCGCAGCAGCAGCAGCAGCAGCAGCAGCAGCAGCAGCGCGCCCGGAAGCGGAAGCGGCAGCAGGCGCGGCGCCAAACGCAAACACAGGGCCCAGCCAAAGCUCAGCCAGUGGCCCCACAGAGGCUCCUGCUGCUUCUUUGCUGCUCACAGAAGCUGCAGAGCGCAGCAAGGUUUCUGGCGCUGCAGAGGCGCCAGGAUUGGCUGCCGGCAGCAGCGGCAGCAGCAGCAGCGGGACCAGAGGCGGCAGCGGUGAGGCAAUGCUGCAGGAUGGUCCCGAAGCGCAGGUUGUGCUGCAGCGGAGCAGCAAACGAAGGCUGCUCCCGUCCCCCGCUGAGGGAGACAGCGGCAGCAGCACCAGCAGCACGAACAGCAGCAAAAGCAGCAACAGCAGCAGCCGGUCCCGCCCAGCGCAUUCUGCAGCUGCGGAGAACACUUCCAGCUGCGACAGAAAGAGCCCCUUGGACUUGCUCAGGUCCGUCGGGGUCCAUGAUCAAUAG